AUGAGGAGCACAUUAUUAUCUUUAUUGCUACUGAAUUUGUCAGCAUUUUGCUAUGCAUCAUGCCCAUCGGGUAUGACUGCACAUGAUAGCAAGUAGGUGCAAAUAUUGUAUGUAUUUUGAUGUUAUGUCAAAAGUUAUAGAUGUUACGCUUAUCUUGGUAUGGAUUUCUCACGCAACAAUUCAUUGAGCGUCUGUCAAGCAACCUACGGACCAUAUGCAAGACUUGCCAAACCAACAAGCAAAAUUGAAAAUGAUUUUUUGACCAGAAUGGUGCAAAGUAACGAAAUUUUCAAUUUAACAUAAAUACAUUUUUUAUAGAAAAUGUUAAUUUCAGCAAACGCUGUUUGGUACACUUGGCUUGAUUACAUCUCAAAUGGUGUAUACUUCGUUGACGAAAAUGGCCAAACCCCAAAAUACACUGAUUUCGCUAUUGGCGAGCCAUUCAGCGUUGCUUCUGGUUAUUGCUUGACACUUGGAAUGAGUGGAUUCUGGUAUGCUCAACCGUGCACAGAAAAUCAUAGUGCUUUGUGUGAAUUGGAUUAUUAUAUUACCACGAAAAAGACAACGCCGACACCAAAAGUGACAUCAACUACGGCGCCACAACAAGGAUAUCCAAGUUGCAUGUAUAAAUAUUUGAGUGAGUCUGGAAUUUGAAAAAUUAUUCUGACAUUGAGAAGCUGUACUGUAGUUUUUUUUGAAUGUUUUAAGACCAGCUGAUUUUGAAUUUUAAGGAUUUUUCCAAUUCAAUUUGAGAACUUCAGGAAAAUGUGAAUAUGAGCUUUUUUUUGUUCUCAUUGAACGCAGAAUUAUUUUCCCACAUUUGUUGUUCAGUUUGAACCACCAAAAAUCUUACCAGUCUUUCAAAAAUCAAAAAUUUUGGUGAAAAAUUUUGAAGUUGAAUUGUCAGAAAAAUUUAUUGAAACUUGAAUCUGGAAGUUCCCAGCUCUUCUCAAAAUUAUUCCACAAAAUUCCAGACACAGUUCCAUGUCCAAGUGGUUGGGAUUAUUAUCCAGCAACUUGCUCGUGCUUUAAAGUGAGUUCAACAAAACAGCAAAUCUGAGUGUUCUCUGAUUAUUUUUCCAGGUGAUCUCCAACAUGACAUACUACAAUUCUUUGAAUUAUUGCCGUGCUUUGGGCGGAUAUCUCGCUUCUGUUCAUACAUCAGGGGAAGCAGCUUUCAUUAGAGGUAAAAUAUUUACAUGGGCGAAUUUAAACGAAAAUCUGUUGAAACUCAAAGGUUUGAACUAUGAACAUCAGAUGAUUCGAGAGAGCCGAUUAUUUUAAUUUUUUAAUAUAAAAACCAGAAAAAUCAAUUAUUUCAGGUGUUGCCAUGAAACAAUCGGAUUAUUGGAUUUAUACCGCAACUGGUCGAGAUAACAUCAUCGUUGGCUUGAACUACAACUACGAUAACAGAACAUUGCAAUGGGAUGAUUCAACACCAUUUGAUUAUCCACAAGGUUUUGCUCCAGGAGAACCAUCUUCUCUCACAUUACAAGGACAGAUCAUUCUCACAAAUCCAAUGGGCUACACAACUUAUAUGCGAAUGUUUGAUUGCUCGUCUCAAAGUUGUAGAUAUGCAGCUUGUAAGAAGACUGUGUAUUGA